GGGAUGAGGGGAGCAAGCGGGCUGGGGAGAGGCGCUGGGGAGAAGAGCUGGGCUGAGCGGCGGCCGGCGCUCUUUCCCUUGCUGCUGUCUUUGUUCUGUCGGGCGCUCUCUGAGCCGGUUGGCUACAGGAUUCCCGAGGAACUGCCCCAGGGCUCGGUGGUGGGGAACCUCGCCAAGGACCUGGGACUCAGUGUCCAAGAGUUACCGACUCGAAAGCUGCGCGUCAGUCCGGAGAAGCCUUACUUCGCUGUGAGCGCAGAGAGCGGGGAGCUGCUCGUGAGCAGCCGGCUGGACCGCGAGCAGAUUUGCGGGAAGCAGCCAGCGUGCGCUCUGGAGUUUGAGGCUGUUGCUGAAAAUCCGUUAAAUUUUUACCACGUGAACGUGGAGAUCGAGGAUAUCAAUGACCACACGCCAAAAUUCACACAAAAUUCCUUUGAGCUGCAAAUAAGUGAGUCUACACUGCCAGGCACGCGAUUUAUAUUAGAAGUAGCAGAAGAUGCCGAUAUAGGCUUAAACUCUCUGCAGAAUUAUAAACUUUCUCUUAGUCCUAGUUUCUCGUUGAUCAAUAAGAAGAAACAAGAUGGUAGUAAAUACCCAGAACUGGUAUUGGAGAAACCCUUAGAUAGGGAACAACAGAGUUACUAUCAUUUAGUCCUGACUGCCUUGGAUGGUGGUGAACCACCCCUAAGUGGCACCACUGAGCUGCAGAUCCAGGUCACCGAUGCCAAUGAUAACGCCCCUGUAUUCAACCAGGAAGUAUACAGAGUCAGUCUUCCAGAAAACGUGCCCCCGGGUACCACGGUCAUGCAAGUGUCAGCCACCGACAAGGAUGAGGGCAUCAACUCGGAAAUCACUUACUCCUUCCACAGAACCAGGCACACCUUUGGUUUGAAUUCAAAAAGUGGGGUAAUUACAACUCUAAGGACAAUAGAUUUCGAAGAAAUUAAGGAAUAUUCUCUCGUGGUGGAAGGCAGGGAUGGCGGAGGACUGGUUGCACAGUGUACAGUUGAAAUUAGCAUUCAAGAUGAAAAUGACAACAGCCCAGAAAUUACAUUCCAUUCUCUACUUGAAAUGAUUGUGGAAAACGCAGUGUCAGGAACAAUAAUUGCUUUGAUCAAAACACACGACCAAGAUGCUGGAGAAAACGGGGAGGUAAACUGUCGAUUGGAGGGUGAAGUCCCUUUUCAGAUAAUCUCUUCAUCCAAAAAUUCAUAUAAGUUGGUAGUAGAAGGGACUCUGGACAGAGAGCAGACCCCAGAGUAUAAUAUCACCAUCAUAGCCACAGACAGGGGUAAGCCACCCCUCUCCUCCAGCAAAAGUGUCACUUUGCACAUCACUGACGUCAAUGACAAUGCCCCAGUUUUCCAGCAGGCCUUUUACUUGGUCCACGUGAUGGAGAAUAACUCUCCUGGAGCAUCUAUCGCCCAAGUCAGUGCCUCCGAUAGGGAUCUGGGACAGAAUGGCCAUGUCUCCUACUCCAUCGUGGGCAGCGACCUGAGCCCCCAGGCGCUGUCGUCCUACGUGUCCGUGAACGCGCAGAGCGGGGUGGUGUUCGCGCAGCGCGCCUUCGACCACGAGCAGCUGCGCACCUUCGAGCUGACUGUGCAGGCGCGCGACCAGGGCGCGCCCCCGCUGAGCGCCAACGCGAGCCUGCGCGUGCUGGUGGGCGACCGCAACGACAACGCGCCCAGGGUGCUGUACCCCGCGCUGGGGCCCGACGGCUCUGCGCUCUUCGACACGGUGCCGCGCGCCGCGCAGCCCGGCUACCUGGUCACCAAGGUGGUGGCGGUGGACGCUGACUCUGGACACAACGCCUGGCUGUCCUACCACGUGCUGCAGGCCAGCGAGCCGGGCCUCUUCAGCCUGGGGCUGCGGACGGGCGAGGUGCGCACCGCGCGGGCGCUGGGCGACAGGGACGCGGCCAGACAGCGCCUGCUGGUGGCCGUGCGCGACGGGGGCCAGCCUGCGCUCUCGGCCACCGCCACGCUGCACCUGGUCUUCGCUGACAGCCUGCAGGAGGCCCUGCCAGACCUCAGUGACCAACCUGAGCCCUCUGACCCCCAGGCUGAGCUGCAGUUUUACUUGGUGCUGGCCUUGGCCUUGAUCUCUGUGCUCUUCCUCCUGGCGGUGAUUCUGGCCAUUGCCCUGCGCCUGCGACACUCCUCCAGCCCCUCUGCCUGGGGCUGCUUUAGGCCUGGUCUCUGUGUCAAGUCUGGACCAUCAGUGGUUCCCCCCAACUACAUGGAAGGGACUUUGCCUUAUUCCUACAAUUUGUGCGUUGCCCACACUGGAAAGACAGAGUUUAAUUUUUUAAAAUGUAAUGAGCAGUUGAGUUCAGGACAGGAUAUACUUUGUGGUGAUUCAUCUGGGGCCUUAUUUCCACUUUGUAAUGCCAGCGAGUCGACUUCCCAUCCUGAGACUCUAAUGGAGGUAAGUUUCACUUAUGUGUGGACCUUUUUUCAUCAUCCUCCCAAUUCCAUAUUUAUAUGAAACAUGUUACAUUUCCAAGUAAGUUGUCUUAGGCAUAUUAAAGCUUAUCAGAAAAUUGUAAUUCCUUUCUUCAUGGAGAGCGGUGAAUUAAGAGCAGUUAGUUACAUGACAUAAAAUAGUUAUCCUACCAUGUUUGGAUUUUCAAAGUAGUGAGAGCCUGUUCUUACAAAGGUAUUCUACCAAUUUCUUACCUUUUUUCAGUGAUAGUGAAAUUUACUCUUUAAUGGUUUCAUUAUUUAAAUUUUUGUGUGUACAUAAGCAUUAAGUUAAUAUAUCAGAACAAAGAAAUUACUACUAGGUAUUUACAUUCACUGUUAUCACUAAUGCCAUUUCCAUCCCUUUCUUGUGUUUAUUGAUCAUGUCUAAUUUCUGUUUUUUUUUUUUAGGAUUCAUUUGUGCAUAGAAGAACUGGGGUGUAGGCUACAGGUAUGGGAGGUGUGAGGAUUCACUAGACAGAGUAGGGAGCAGAACAGGCAGACUGACUGAAAUACACUGCUGAGGGGAGCAGCAGGCAAGACAGGAGAGGUCUGCUGCACCAUGUGGGUAGUUCCCUGGCCAGGGAUUGAAUUCGUGCUUCAGUGGCUGCAGAUAGCUUGAUGGUGUUAUAUCUUUAACCCCUGUGCCAUCAGGGAGGCCCAAUGUCUAAUUUCUUAUAUCUACCUAUUUGUGAUUCUCUGAAUCUCUUAAAAUAAUUAGAAAAAAUAAUCUGUGUGUUGUGUGUGUGAGUGAGUGAGCCACUCAGUGGUCUCAUCAGAAUGUCAAAUCAUGAAGUUCCUUCAAGUUUUUUUGAAUGUACCAUUCUCCUGUUCUUUAUAGUUACCAGAAGAGACUUGGUAAUAGGAAAUGAAAACCAAUGCCACUUCCACUUGCUUUCAUUUUGGACCUAUAUUUUUAAUGAAGAAUGAGAGGAAAGUCACUGGAUUUGUCUUAUGAUUUGGAGCUCUAAACAUUAGUGACUACAGGUUUUCUCAUCAUCCUUGUCAUCCUUUAGAAGGAAGGAGAAUCCUGAAUUCUCCAUUACAAGACAAAACUACUAAUUGCAUGGCAUUACAUAAGUAUCAGUUUUUUGCUUGGUUUCCCUUUGGAAGUGCUUAAGUGAAUUGUUUACAAACGGUUGAAAUGUCUUAUAACUGCACCUAAUUUUUAGUGGCAAUAAUUUCUUCUACAGCUUGUGUUCCUUUUCCAAAAUUAUUGCAUAAGUUUAAGUGACCAUCAGAAUAAGGUUUUUUAAAAGAUUUAUUUAUUUAUUAUACAAGAACUGGGGUACAGGCCAGAGGUGUGGGGGGUGAGAGAAUAUUCACCAGAGAGAGUGGGGAACAGAAUGGGCAGAUUGACUGAAAUACACUGCCGAGGGGAGCAGUGGGAGAGAUAGAGGAGGACUGCAGCGCCAUGUGGGUAGCUCCCUGGACUGGGAUCAAACUCAUGCUGCAGUGGCUGUGGAUAGCUUGAUAGGUUGCGUCUUAACUCCUUGCACCCAGGGGGGCCCCAAAAUAAGUUUUAAAACUAUCUUAAAGUUGUAUAAUUUCUUGAUGGAAGGUUUGAAAUGGAAACCUACUUUUCAAUGUACAGUUUGUUCAUUUGAACUUUCCAAAUGCCAUACUUUGCAAAUACAUUAUUCACAUAAAAACUUAUAAACUAAUAUAUGAAAGUUUAAU